AUGUCGUCCACCUCCGGCCACCACCGCAAGCCACCACCACCGCAGCUGCUACUAGUGUUUCUCGUUCACGUAUUCCUCGGAAUCCAGCUCUCCUAUUCUCUUACCACCUAUAGCAGCAACCAAACUUCCCUACCAGUUCGUUGCCGGCCGGACCAGGCGUCGGCGUUGCUCCGGCUGAAGAGUUCCUUCUCCACCGACGGCUGGGGUCCCUUUGAUAGGGAGGACGUGUGCACCGCCCUUGCAUCGUGGCAGGCGGACACGGACUGCUGUGGCUGGGAGGGUAUUCACUGCGGCCAUCAUGCCGACGGCCGCGUGACCACCCUCGACCUGGGUCAUUGCGGGUUAGAGAGUGGCACCCUGCACCCCGCACUUUUCGAUCUAACCUCCCUCAGACAUCUGGACCUUUCCUGGAACAGCUUCAACGGCUCACAACUCCGUGCCGAUGGGUUUGAACGACUCACUGAGCUUGUUCAUCUCAACCUCUCUUCAUGUGGAUUUGAUGGCCAAAUACCACAUGCAAUAGGACAGCUCACCAAGUUGGUAACCCUAGACCUCUCUACUGAAAUGUAUCUUUUUGAAGAAUAUGAUGAUGUUUUGUCCCUUGCUUCCUGGUCACGUGAGUGGCAGCUGUAUAACGAGUUAUACGGCCGAAUUCCGGAGUCCUUUGCUGAUUUACAUUCGCUUAGUGUUCUUAGACUUACCUAUAACUUUCUUGAUGGAUGGCUCCCCUCAAGGAUCUUCCAAAACAAAAACUUAACAGCUAUUGAUGUCAGGUAUAAUUUCAAGUUAUCCGGGUCAUUGCCAAAUUUCUCAUCAGACAGUAUUAUCGUGGAUCUGCUUGUCACUGGAACUAACUUCUCUGGUCCUGUUCCGAGUUCCAUAAGCAAUCUCAGAUCCUUGAACAACUUGGGUAUUGCAUCAACUUAUUUUUCCCAGGAGCUUCCAUCGUCAAUCGGUGAGCUAAGAUCAUUAAGCUCGUUACAGGUAUCUGGGACUGGUAUGGUAGGGGCAAUACCAUCUUGGAUUGCAAACUUAACUUCUUUAAUAGAGCUCCAAUUCUCGGACUGCAGCUUAUCUGGAGAAGUACCUUCUUCCAUAGGUAAUCUCAAGAACCUAUAUAGUUUAAAAUUAUACAAUUCCAAUUUUUCUGGCACACUACCUCCACAAAUGUUUAACCUAACUCAGCUGGAACUCCUGUAUCUUGAUUCAAACAACUUCCAUGGUAUAGUGGAACUCAGCUCAUUCUUGAAAAUACCCCAACUGUUUGGUUUGAGCCUGUCAAACAACAAAUUUACUGUAGUAGUAGACGACGAUGGCAAUUCUUCAGUCACCAAUCGAUUGCAUGCUUUGCGCCUAGCAGCAUGUAACAUAUCCAAGCUCCCUAGUGUCUUGAGGCAUUUGCAUUCUGUUCAAUAUCUUGAUCUUUCAAACAAUCAAAUCCAUGGCACAAUACCUCACUGGGCAUGGGAAACUUGGAAAAGCUUGGUAGUUCUGAACUUAUCGCACAACAAAUUCAACAGCAUAGGAUAUGACUCUAUUAAUCCAAUUGAUAUAGACGUUAUUGUCCUUAGUUUUAACCUAUUCCAAGGGCCCAUACCUAUACCAGGACCCUCUACUGAGGUGCUUGAUUGCUCGAACAACAAGUUCUCAUCCAUCCCACUUAAUUUCGGAUCUCACUUUGUAUCUUUCAACUAUUUUAAUGCCUAUGCAAACAACCUCUCUGGAAAUAUCCCACCAUCGAUAUGUGGAGGUGGAACAUGGACUAUGGACCUUAUUGAUCUCUCCUACAACAAUCUUAGUGGUUCCAUUCCAUCAUGUUUAAUGGAGGGUACUAGUGUGACUUUAUUAAAGCUGAAAAGAAAUCGCUUACAAGGAGAAUUACCAAAUAAUAUGAAUCAAGAUUGUUCAUUUGAGGCAUUAGAUCUUAGUUACAAUCAGAUCAAAGGAAAAUUACCAAGAUCCCUAGUUUCUUGCAGAGGCUUGGAGGUCUUUGACAUUGGGAAUAAUCAUAUCAAUGAUAUCUUUCCAUGUUGGCUGAGUGUGCUUCCUGAACUUCAAGUGCUUGUUUUGAAGGCCAACAAGUUUGCAGGGGAGGUGGGGCCUUAUACUGCAGGAGAAAAGAACAAUUGUGAGUUUAUAAAACUCCGAAUUCUUGACUUGGCUUCAAACAAAUUCUCUGGCACUUUACAAGAUGAGUGGUUUAUGACCAUGAAAUCCAUGGUAAGCAUAUCUGUCAAUGAGAGUCUGGAUAAUCAUGUGAGUCAACUUGGGCAAACAUAUCAGUUUACCGAUGCAAUCACAUACAAAGGGAAUGAAGAAGUCACAAUUUCCAAAACUUUGAGCACCCUUGUACACAUUGAUGUUUCGGAUAACUUGUUCCAUGGUGCAAUCUCAAAGUCAAUUGGUGAUCUUGGUCUACUAAAUGGUGUAAACAUGUCACACAAUGCCUUCACUGGCCCAAUCCCACCUCAGUUUGGUGCUCUGAAUCAACUCGAGUCAUUGGAUCUCUCUUCAAAUAAUCUGUCGGGGGAGAUUCCACAGGGAUUAGCAUCACUGAACUUCCUCUCAAUGUUGAACCUGUCCUACAACGAGCUGGUGGGGAGAAUACCAGAUUCACCUCAUUUCUUGACAUUUACCAACCUCUCGUUCCUGGGCAACAUUGGCCUGUGUGGGUUUCAGGUGUCCAGAGCAUGCAACAACACAACACCAUAUGUGGAGCCACAUCAUUCAGAGACGAAAUCAGUCGACCUUGUGUUGUUCCUUUUUACCGGACUGGGAUUUGGCGUCGGAUUCGCAAUUGCAGUUGUCCUGACUUGUGGAAUCCAUGUUAGGAGGAGAUCCCAGAACCACAUAUUUCUGUGCUGCAAGAAAGUUCUCUUCUUCAUGUAG